UUAUGAUGUGUAUUACCAAAUCAGCUGUCAAUGUUUGACAAAGGACCUAAAACUAUUUGAGAGAGGAGCUGCUGAGGACAGAACCAGGGAGAACCACCACCAGCCUUGCCUGAGCUAUUUUACAGUCAGAUUUUGGCUUCUUGUUCUUGGUUUUCUCGACUAAACUUCUGACCGAAUCAGUUAUGUCAGGGGAGGAAAACAUUUUGUCCCACAACGAAGCCAUGCAGAAGGCAGGCGACCCCAAACGCUUUCCUCUAAUCCCAAUCAGAGGAGUUCCUCUCAGGAGCUUGAUUGCCAACAACUGGGACUCUAUCUGGGCUUUCCGUCCUGACCCCUCAGACCUCCUCAUCGCCACCUACCCCAAAGCAGGGACCACCUGGGUCCAAGAAAUAGUGGACCUGCUUCUUCACAAUGGAGAUGCUGAGGCCAGCAAACGAGCCCCCACACCUGAGCGCAGUCCUUUCCUAGAGAUCUGCUACCCACCACCCGUCCCCUCAGGUCUUGAUCGUCUGAAAAACAUGGAUCCUCCAAGAAUUAUCAAGACACAUCUUCCUGUUCAGUUGGUGCCUCUUGGAUUUUGGGAAAACAAGUGCAAGACUAUCUACGUGGCACGCAACGCCAAAGACAACAUGGUGAGCUACUACUACUUUGAUCUUAUGAAUAAGUACCAUCCUGAUCCAGGGCCCUGGGAGUGCUUCAUGCCCAAGUUCAUGCAAGGAGAGUUGUCAUGGGGCUCCUGGUAUGACCAUGUGAAAGGUUACUGGAUGGAGAGAGAGAAGAAGAAUAUCCUUUACCUCUUCUACGAGGACAUGAAAGAGAAUCCGCGGUGUGAAGUGGAACGCAUCAUGAGGUACCUGGACUUGUCAGUCUCCGAUGAGGUCAUCAGCCGGAUUGUGGAGCUCACGUCCUUUAAGAACAUGAAGGAGAACCCGAUGACCAACUAUUCUUGCAUGCCAACACAUGUGUUUGAUCAGUCCGUCUCCCCCUUCAUGAGAAAAGGUGAAGUAGGUGAUUGGAGAAACCAUUUCACAUUGGAUCAAUUAAAGACAUUUGAAGAAGACUAUGAAAAGCAAAUGAAGGAAGUCAACAUACCAUUCAGGAGUCUCAUCUAACAGAUUGGGUUUUUCAAACUGAUGCAGAAAGGAAAGACCGAUGAGUUGCUACUGUGCAGCGCUCAAAACAGAGGGAUACUGUCCAACUAUUUGAGAUGAGCUAUAUACCAAAACAAAACAUCAAUAAAUUUGCUUGAGCCUGGAUGAUGAACACUAUGAUGAUUGAGCCUCCUGAUAUGUAGAUACGUUUGAAGGGGCAAUAAAAAUGUGCUCGACAAUACAAAUCCAUUGGUCAUUUGAUGUCAUGAAACCACCAACAGAGUCUCCUGACUGUAUGAAGCCUAUAGAGAGUGCUCAGAGAAUGAGGUAACAACAGAGUCGUAAGUGCUAUAUCAUAGGCAACUGGACUUACUAACGUUUCUUGAAGACAUUUCGCCUCUCAUCCAAGAAGCUUCUUCAGUUCUAAAUGACUGGUAUGAAGUUGCAGGCUAUAAACCCUGUGUGGGUGGGAACCCCUGCAUUUAGAACUGAAGAAGCUUCUUGGAUGAGAGGUGAAAUGUCUUCAAGAAACGCAAGCAAGUCCAGUUGCCUACGAUAUAGCACUUACGAUUACCAUGACCUGAAUGACUGAGAAUCUUCACCUGCAAGUAACAAGAGAGCUGUCAAUAAGUUGUGGGCACCUUUCCUAAACUACCUUCCAAAUAGCACAGCAGACCUAGUAAGCAGGGGACAUAGCAUUGUAAACUGGCGUCCUUUGACUACCUGUCUGUCUGUCCUUGAAGUAUUUGAUGCUCUGAACUUGCUCCCCCUGACCUGUGCAAGAUAUCCAGGCUCUGAGAUCUCUAUAUAAUGCUUUCCUAUGUAAUGUAUAUGCCAACAUGCAAUGCUGCUUCUUUCUGUUUGUUUCUUUUUACCAAUCCCAUAAGGUCUGUGAUGUGCUCUUUUCUAUCUCUGCUGUCAUAUGUUUUUGUUUUUUUUGGCUGUUGUUGUGUCAUGUUCUGUUAUUAAAACAACUGGGUGUA